AGAAAUGUUUCUUACGACGACAUGACAAUCCCAACGGACGUGUUUCUUAAGUUUUGGAAGAAGUAAUAGAAGUCUUUGCUUCCGACGUUCCUGCAACAAUGGAUGGACUGGCGACUAGAGAACGUGACUUCAGGCGAUGCCUGGCCCUGAUGGUACUCUUACAGUACGUCCUGACAAUCACGCCCCCUGCCGACGCACAGGUGACACGCACCGUCACGGCAACGCCUGCGUCACCAGGCAACUUCACCGCAUCGUCUGCGUUGCCAGGCAACGUCACCGCAUCGUCUACGUUGCCUGGCAACGGCAACGCCACGUCUAACCGGCCGGACAACAUCAACGCCACGCAGAGUCAGCGACUCGGAAACUUCACAACUACCAAUCUGCGUUCGAUUUCGUUGCCUAGCAACGUCACCAAUUCUACAACGAUGAACCCUGGCAACAACACCGACAUUGCAACGACGUCUUCGUUGCCUAGCAACGAUACCAACGCAACAACCGUCAACCCAACAAUGUUUUCAAACAACACCAACCUGACGACGGUGCAAUCUGCGUUGCCUGGCAACAACACCAACCUGACGACGGUGACUCCGUUGCUAGGGAACGGCACGUCGAUGACGUCGCUCUUCCCUCAUGUGAACGCAACCAAUGGCACAGCUGGAAGCGACGCCUUGCCCCCCUUACAGUGGGACUGGUCAGUUAUCGGAGUUAUCGUCGCCUGCAGCGUGCUCGGGUUUCUCCAGUUACUCCUCCUCGGCCUCUGCUGCUUUCUCUGGGUUCGGAAACGCAAGAGUUCGGCGCUGAAAAUCGGCUCCAAGGAAUCCCUGAGGCCGAGAGACGAAAGCGACAAGGACGCCAGGCGGAAAAGCAUCAUGAAAAGCACCAAAGACGGGUCAAGAGAUAAGAGGACCAAGUCGCCGCACAGAGUCACGAUUGUAGAGAACAAAGAAGAACUGAUGGCGAGGACCGUCCCGACUCCGGCGUCUCAGAGAAGGGUCCUCAAGUCGGACAACAGCGGCAUCGGCGGGUUGUACUUCCCUCCGCGCUACAAGAUGCCUGAAAACAAGCGCCCACCGGCCACGAACAUGUACAGCGUGCAGGCACACAUUAACGGCAAACCGGUCACCUUCGUGAGGCCCCUGGACACGCCCGAGCCCACGCCGCCUGCUGGCUGGCUGGAGCGCUUCAGUCGGUACCUGAAGGAAGUAGGCGCAGAGACCUCUAGCGGUAGCAAUUGAAACUGCAAGGAGUAACAUUUGAAAAACAUCGCCGCCGCCAGGCUGGUUGGAGCGCUUCAGUCUGUACCUGAAGGAAGAAGACACAGCGACCUCUAGCGGUAUCAACUGAAGCUGCCAGGAGUGAAAAAUGAAGUGAAUGUGAACAUUUUAACCGCAGCAAAACGCAACGAACGCAACGAAAAAGUCAAGAGUUUACUGUCAAAUUAUUUAAAGAUAUUGUGUAAAAAAACACUAGCGGAGAAAGGGCUAAGCAUUCGAAUGUAUUCCUUUUCGUUUAUAAACCAAUGCGUCUGUUGUAGCAAGUACUAAAAGUAUUAGUAAUGAAAUAGUUCUACAAGUUUCAAGUAAUAAAUUAUGGGAGUCGAAGCCAUUUUUAAAAAAAGUUACCAGCAAAUAUGCAAAUACAUGUUUGUGUACACAGAGAAUGGAAAUCUCUUGUUGUAUAAAACAUAUCAGAUCUCUUAUGUAUAAAACACAUCAAAUAGAAAUUAUAUACUAUUAUUAUUACUGCAAGAGCAGGUGUCAUACAAUGUUGCACUUAAGUAUGGGAGGCGAUGUAAAUGCUAACAUAUCAUACUCAAGGAUAGUCUUGCUGUAUAUGUGUUGUUAGUUAAGCAUAGAAAUGUAUUAUUUUGAGUCAAGCAGUGUUGGAGUGUUGUACAUCAUAAUGUUUCGUGUAUUUCGGUAGUCCUAAUCUUAUUCUUUACAAUCAACUGUGGAUAUUUGUGGAUGUUUCUUAGAUGUAUUUGUGUACGUGUUUGUAAAUAUAAGCCGUCGAGUCUAAAAUGAACAAUAAACAUCCAAA